AAGAGAGAGCACUAGAAGGACUAAGCAAUACAAUCACUUCUUCUCGAACCUGUAUGUGUCUCGUUGAGACGGCUGAAGAGGAUCCUUUCUUUCUAAUUCUUUUUUUUUUCUUCUUCUUCUUCUUCUUCACCUGCUUUCUGUCACACAGGACCCAUCAUCCUUUCAAGCUCCUCAUAAGGGGAGGGACAUUAAGGAAGUCGCCGUAUAUGGAAUAGAGACGCCUGCGAUCCCCUAGAUCUCCAUUCAAAAGCCUCGUCGAACAUCGGUGAAAUCGAGUAGCCACUUAAGGAUCAACUUGUAAGGGAGGGGAAACACUCAGUAUCAAAGCUCUUAAACAACAGAGAGAGAGAGAGAGAGAGAGAGAGAGAGAGAGCAGAGAAGCACGAUUUGCCUAUUUUGCAAUUUCAGAGCCCAUCAUCACAAUUUAAUAAGGGUUUGAAAUCGUAUUCAGUGUGUGCAAACAAGAGCCAGCGGACUUACCAUAAAAUGAUUUUAUGAAGACAACCCUAAAGGAAAAAAACCAACAAAGGCUUGGAGAAGAGAGUUUGAAUGUACACAUGGUUUGUUUAGGAGCUCUUGAUUUUUUAGUUUACGGAGAUAAGUUCGACAUGUGAUGUCAAAUGGCAUCAGAUGUGUCCUCAGUAGUCCAGUGGGACUUUUUUUUCCUAAGGAUGAUGAUGAAAUUUGCCUGAAACCACUCACCUUGGAGGAACGUUCCCCUGUGAGUUACGCGGACCGACGGACUGGAAACAAAUACAUUUCUUUUUAAAGAAAAUAAUUUAACCAUGAAGUCUGGCUGAGAACAGCUCGAAUGAAUAUUUUGAAAAUUCCUUUUUCAGUCUUUUUACUUCCGAAAGGUUCAGAGAGAUCACCUCAGGGUUCUAGAGCACUCUCUCUACUCUCUACCUGAUCUCUACUCUUGUAACAACUAUAGCAACAAAUAAACAAAAAUGGCAGCCGGAGUGGCAACAUGGUUACCCUUUGCCCGGGCAGCCGCGGUCGGCUGGCUUCCUCUGGCCAAAAACACCAUGCCCAAACCUCCUGUCGAUAAGAAGAGCCGCAGUGAUGAGAUCCUGAUAGUUAACGUAAGCGGGCUCCGGUUCCAGACGUGGAAGAACACCCUGGACCGUUAUCCUGACACUUUGCUGGGAAGCUCAGAAAAGGAAUUCUUCUAUAAUGAAGACACUCAGGAAUAUUUCUUUGACAGGGACCCCGAAAUGUUUCGGCACGUCCUCAACUUCUAUCGCACAGGCAAGCUGCACUACCCACGGCAGGAGUGCAUCCAAGCUUUCGACGAGGAGCUCGCUUUCUACGGCAUCGUGCCGGACAUCAUCGGGGACUGCUGCAUGGAAGAGUACCGUGACCGCAAAAAGGAAAACCAGGAGAGGUUGGCAGAGGACACAGAGGCAGACAUGGCGACAGACCAACCCUUGCCUCCGAACAGCACGCUUCGUGAACGCUUAUGGCGAGCGUUCGAGAAUCCGCAUACCAGCACUAUGGCGCUAGUGUUCUACUACGUCACAGGCUUCUUCAUUGCCGUCUCGGUUAUCGCUAACGUAGUGGAGACUGUGCCAUGCCGGCCACCCAAAGGCAGCCCGAAGGAAUUGCCGUGCGGCGAGAAGUACUCGUUGGCUUUCUUUUGCAUGGAUACGGCAUGUGUGCUGAUUUUUACCUUCGAGUACCUGAUGAGGUUGUUUGCUGCUCCCAGUCGCUGCAAGUUCAUGCGCUCGGUGAUGAGUGUCAUCGACGUUGUGGCUAUCAUGCCCUACUACAUCGGCUUGGUCAUGCCCGACAACGAGGAUGUGAGCGGUGCUUUUGUUACACUCCGUGUCUUCCGGGUCUUCCGCAUCUUCAAGUUCUCGCGCCACUCGCAGGGCCUGCGCAUCCUUGGCUACACAUUAAAGAGCUGCGCCUCCGAGCUUGGUUUCCUCCUCUUCUCCCUCACCAUGGCCAUCAUUAUCUUCGCCACAGUCAUGUUCUACGCUGAGAAAGGCACCAGGGAAACCAACUUCACCAGCAUUCCAGCCUCCUUCUGGUACACUAUUGUCACUAUGACAACGCUGGGAUAUGGAGACAUGGUUCCCAAAACCAUCGCAGGCAAAAUCUUCGGCUCCAUCUGCUCUCUGAGUGGCGUCCUGGUGAUCGCACUUCCUGUUCCUGUCAUAGUGUCCAACUUCAGUCGCAUCUACCACCAGAACCAGAGAGCUGACAAGAUGCGUGCCCAGCAGAAAGUGCGUCUGGCCAGGAUUCGCUUGUCUAAAAAAGGAACCACUAAUGCAUUCCUGCAGUACAAAGAUGAAGGGGGACUCCAGCAUCAUGAUGGCGACAGUGGCGCGCUGUGUCUAAAGAACAGGUCGUCCUUUGAGCACCAGCACCACCAUCUGUUACACUGCCUGGAGAAGACUACGAACCAUGAGUUUACCGAUGAACUGACCUACAGUGAGAUGUGUAUGACAGAGUCAGUGGGCUUCCGAACCAGCCGCAGCACCUCAAUCUCCAGCCAGCAGGGUGUCUCGACCUCUUGCUGUCCUCGCCGAGCUAAGAGGAGAGCCAUCCGCCUGGCCAACUCCACCGUAUCAGUGAGCCGCGGCAGCAUCCAGGAGCUCGAUACGCUGCAUGUUCACAAGAGCCCAUCUGGUCCUCAGAGUCGCUCGAGCCUCAAUGCCAGGACAGAAGACCUGAAGUUAAAUUGUGAGCAGCGAGACUUCACGGCGGCCAUCAUUAGCAUUCCCACACCUCCAGCCAACACGCCUGAUGAAAGCCUGCCGUCGUCACCUGCCAUCCCCGGCAUCUUGCGCAACUCCCGCUGCUCCUACACUCACGAGACCGUCAAGAUCUCGUCCUUAUAACAAAACCGCCUCCAAGCACAGAGCUUUCCUCCAAUGCACAAACGAGAAGGAGGGAGCUUUUCCUGUCUGACUUACCACCAGAACAUCAUCCCAAGAUACAAUGCAUUUGACAAAGGCACCCAGCAAUGGCUUUAUCCCAAACUCAAAGCUCCUUCAAGGACCUGUGAGAAUAAAUAAUCAGGAAUCUGGGACGUGAACUAAUGCAAGUUUAAUUACAGCCUUUUUUGCAGGACUGUUUGUUGGGCAUUUAUGAUAUUACCUUUCUUGGGGGAAAGACAAGGAAAAUGACAAAAACUGUUCCAUUCUUUUUUUGCUGAAAAUAAUACUGGAUGAAUGAGUGUGUUAAAUCACAGGGCCAGAAUUAAGAGUAUAGAGACGGAACUCUAUUCCUAAAUAGAUUUAUCUCUGGAGGGAACGACAUACAAAUACUGUAUCCUGCAAUUCACAAGAAAAAAAAGUUAUGGAUGUUAUGGUUGGGACUUAGCGGGUCAGUAUACGUAUAUGUAUCAUAAUUUGUAUCAUACAUCACAUGCAUCUUCCAACUUUACCAAAAAAAAAAAGUCAUCAGUGCCUCCCUACUCAGACAUGCAUGUUAUUGUGCAGUAGAUUGCAGAGAAUGAAGCAGCUCAAACGCUAUUCCCACAUAUUCUUUUUUUGCAUGAUAAUUCCCCCACCUCUGUUUUGUUUUUUCCUAUUUUAUUACAUAAAAAAGCAUAAUUUACAUUAAUUAAAAAAAACAUGAUUUACUGAUGCAAAAGUGCUCAGUAACUUAAAAAAAAGAAACAUUCAGGCAUGACUCUGCAAAAAUCUCUGUCAGGACAUACAUGGGGGUAUGCAGGGGUGAUGGGAGUGAUGAUUGUAGAAAGAAUUUGGAAUUUGUGUACAUUAAUCAC